AUGGUCAAAAGGAAGAGAGCCGCUAUUUUGCCUACGAAUAUCAUUCUGUUGCAGAACCUUGUGCGUAGGGAUCCUGCCUCGUAUCAUGAAGAGUUUUUGCAGCAGUACUCGCACUAUGAGUCUCUUCGUGAUAUCUAUCUCAUGAACCCAUCCGCCCAGGAUGGUGAGGAGUUUGCAGAAUUGAUCGGUUUUAUGUCGGCCGUCUGCUCCUGUUAUCCUAAGGACACAGCCAAGUUCCCAGAUGAGCUGAGAGCCAUCCUCAUCAACAAUCAUCGCGACCUAUCGCCUGAUCUGAGGGAGAAAAUCAUCCAAUGUCUGGUGAUGUUGCGCAAUAAGGGUGUGAUCGAUGCUGAGAGUCUGAUCAAAACGAUUUUUCCAUUGCUUUCUGCCUACGAUACUGCUGAGGCGGGAUCUGGUCAACAUGUCAAGGCUCUGAGAAAACAGGUGUACAGUACAUUGGUGACUUUGUUAAAGUCGGUGAAUACCGGAACGAAAAAUCAAAAGCUGAACAGAUCCACCCAGGCCUUGCUGUUCAAUUUGCUCGAACAGCGUGACGCUAAUGGAUUGUGGGCCACCAAGCUCACCAGAGAAUUGUGGAGAAGAGGUAUAUGGGAUGACUCCAGAACGGUGGAGUUGAUGACACAAGCCACUCUCCACCCGGAUGCAAAGGUGUGCAUCUCUGGUGUAAAGUUCUUCCUAGGUGCUGACAAGGAAAGAGAAGAGAACUUUGAAGAGAACUCGAGUGAUGACGAAGACCAAGCUGAGCAACUGAGGCAUAAGAUGUUGCUCAACAAGAAGUCCUCGAAGAGAGGCAAGAAGCUUGAGAAUGCCGUGAAAACGAUGAAGAAGAAGAAUAAUGCCAAACACUCGGCUACUUACCUGAACUUCUCAGCCAUUCAUCUUCUCAGAGAUCCACAGACUUUUGCCGAACAACUCUACAAUCAAAAUUUGAUGGGAAAGAGCUCCAACAAGUUUGAUUUGGAUCAGAAAAUUCUGCUGAUGAACUUGAUAUCUCGUCUCAUUGGUACCCACAAGCUGACAGUUUUGGGAAUCUACUCAUUUUUCCUCAAGUAUUUGAAUCCGAAACAGAGAAAUGUCACGCAGAUAAUGGCUGCUGCAGCUCAGUCAUCCCAUGAUCUUGUUCCACCUGAAUCGAUAACCAUGGUGGUCCGUAAGGUAGCAGAUGAGUUCGUGAGUGAGGGUGUUGCCUCCGAGGUUGCUGCUGCUGGAAUAAACACUAUCAGAGAAAUUCUGGCAAGAGCUCCUUUGGCUAUUGAUGCUCCCCUCUUGCAGGAUCUGACUGAGUACAGAAGUUCCAAGGCCAAGCCUGUGAUGAUGGCUGCUCGUUCUUUGAUCAGUCUUUACAGAGAAGUUGCCCCGGAUAUGCUGCAGAGGAAAGACAGAGGAAAAGUGGCCUCUAUGGAGAUGCAAUCUGGAGAGAAGUCUGGUCUGCCCAAGUUCGGUAUCGAAGGUGGUACUGUUACUGGUAUUCCAGGCUUGGAGCUGCUUGCCAAGUGGAAGCUUGAACAGCUUGCGAACGGUGCCAACCCGGAUGAAAACGAUGAUGCCGAAUGGGACGUUGAAGCCAAAGAUUCUGCAGACGAAAGCGACGUGGAGGGUGACUGGAUCAAGGUCGAUUCCGACAAGGAGUACAAUGUUUCAGACUCGGAAGACGAAGCUGAACCAGAAGACGUCAACAAGGAAAACGACUCUGAUCUUGACCUUUCUUCAGACGAAGAAGCUGAUGAUGCUGCCGAGGGUGUUGAGUCAGACAUUCCGAAACCAAUAAAGAAACUCUCCAAAAAGGCCAAGUUGGACGUUGAGAAGGCAAAGACCAAGGCUGAGCAAGAAAAGGCCAUGACCGACCUGCUUUCCAGUCGUAUCUUGACGCCAGCUGACUUUGCCAAGUUGGAAGAGCUGAGAACCGAGGCCGGUGUCGAUAAGCUUAUGGGUAAAUCCAAGAUGACCAACGAAGACGAGAUCGACUCCAUUAACCUGAUGGGUGCCAGUAAGCACAAGAUGAGAAAAGACGAGAGAUUGGCGCAUGUUAUGGAGGGACGUGAAGGAAGAGAAAAAUUCGCUUCUAAGAAGGGUAAGAUUGAGACUCCUCACUCUACCACCAACAGAGAGAAGGCUCGUAAGAAGAAUUUCGUCAUGAUGAUUCAUAAGAGACAGGUUCAAGGAAAAGCCAAGAUGUCUUUGCGUGAUAAGCAAAAGGUUUUACGAGCCCAUAUUGACAGACAGAAGAAAGGCAAAUGA